AUGAAUUAAAUUAAAAUAUUUAUUGGAAAUGAUCAUGCUGCAUUAGAAUAUAAAAAUAUUUUAUUAGAAUUUUGCAAAAAAAAGAACUAUUAAAUCGAUGAUAAAGGAACAUUUACAAACUAAAGUUGCGAUUACAAUGAUUAUGCAGUUAAUGUAUGCAAUGAAGUAAUAAAAUCUAAUGGAAUUGGAAUAUUAAUAUGUGGUAGUGGAGUUGGAAUUUCAAUGAUGGCGAAUAAAGUUAAGGGAAUCAGAUGUGGAUAAGUGAAUGAUUAUGAUUCAACAUUAAAAGCGAUUGAAAUAGGAUGCAAUGUCAUUUCAUUCGGUGCAAGAACUGUUGGAAUUGAAAUUGCUAAGCAAAUUGUUGACACUUUUCUUUCUAAUUAUAGUAAGAUGGAGAACAAUGGAGUUGAAAAAGAAAUUUCAACAAUUGAAGAAGAAAACUAUAAAAAAUGA